AUGAAUCUUCCAUCAUUGAUUCUCGUCAUCAGUUUAUUAUUUCCUUUAAUUACUUCAAAUUCCAUAUUCUAUCAUACAGAAACGCGUUCAACACGUUUGAUUAACCGAACAUUACUAGGUCCAACAACUGAAUGUAGCAUCCGUCUCGGUGGCAAACAAUUUACAUUGAAGUUUUAUCGAAUGAUUACCUGUCGUUAUGUCGAUAAUCUUGCAACAAUUUAUCCAUAUUUACUCAAAUAUUCCAAUGACAUCACUGCUCUGGAAAUAACUGAUUCAUAUAUAAAAAAUUUCAAUUUAAAAUUGCAUUUAAAAGUCUUUCGUAAACUGGAAUUUUUAAUUUUCCAUCGUACAACACUCCAGACGAAAACAUUGUGUCCGUUGAAUAGUUUAGCUAAUCAUCUACUGUAUCUUCAUUUAACACAUUUUUCUCCAAGUUUGGACACGUUUUUCAACAGUUCAUCUUGCACGAUUAUGAAGCGUCUUCACGUUCUCAUCCUUGAUCAUACUGAUCUAGGCAACGAAAAUAUACUUCACAGUAAAUUUCCUAAUCUACAUAUCUUACGUUUGAAUUACUCGUCAUUUCAUCAGCCAUUGAAUUAUUCUUACAUGCGUUCAUUUUCUUAUCUACAAGACUUUUUCUUAAAAGUCAAUGAUGAUUGUCAUCGGUGUGAAUACGAAUGGUUAAAAUAUGCAACACGUGAUGACAAAUACAUUCUUUUUCAUGUUAGUUCCAAUUCUGGUUGUAUGGAUUGGAACCGAGGAGGAAAAUUCAUUCCUUGGCAACACGCUCCACUCUGUGGUUCAUGCUCAUUACCAUUAGUUAUUGAUCGAAUGCGAACGAAGCAAAUAUGUCAAAUGGAGGAUGGCAUUACCGAACAUUAUUGUAAAGCAUUCUACGGACGAGAAAGUAUUUUUCAACCUUGGACAAAUCGAUUUCCAAGCUCGACAAAUCAAUUCAUAGAAUAUCCAUCGACGAAACGAACGAAUCAACAAUUUAUGAAGUCCAAAUAUACAACAAUUAGUACUCGUUUAAAGAGAGAACUUAAUAGUACAAUUCCCAUGACGCCUCGACCUAUGCUGACGAGCAAUGUUUCCAUUCCCGUUUCACCCCCACCAGUGACAAAUCGAACAACGUUUCAAACUUCUACAAUGUCCCAUUGGCAGUCUCGACAUGUCGUUACUCGAGCUCCAAUUGAUCUAUUCAAUCGAUCCCAUUGCAAUCCAAUUCAAAAUAAUACUCAUCGUCCAAAAAUUCGCUCUAAUUUGCCAUCGCUAAUCGAGCAACUAUACAAUAUUUCCCAACAAUAUUCAUUCAACUGUUCGAAUCUUCAAUGUCAUAUCCUUCAAGCUGAUUACCUCGGUCCUCUGUGUUUAAAAACAGGUUUUACUUAUGCAAAUAUAUGCGAAAUCUUAUUCGAAUUAUGCACUAAACAACUCGAUAUAGAAGAUGUCGAAAUCGACUAUUUUGGUUCAUGUGUACACAACUGUUCGUUAGUAUCACGUUGUUUUUCGGAUAAUGAAAUUUGUGUUAUGACUCCCAAACCACACUGCAUACCACGUCAACGAAAUUGUACCGGUUUUUCACCUGUUUGUGAUACUUAUGGUAAAACAUUUGUUAAUCAAUGUCAUCUAUCGAAUUCGAUAGUAUUGAAUCAACCACGACAGUUGGCGUAUCGUGGACCUUGCCGAUUGAAUCGUCGCUGUCAAAGGAGACUGUGUCAAGCGAAUCAAACGUGCGUUCAAACACAAGAUAAAUAUCAUUAUCCUGUUUGUAUUAAUUGUCAACUUGAUGCAACAAUGAAGACGUGUCCAUUUGAGUUGUUCUGUGGUGAUAAUAAACGACAAUAUAUCAAUCGAUGCCAAUUACAUUACGAACGUUGUCAAACGAGAACAUUUAUUCAAAUUGAAUACUUUGGAUUAUGCCAUACAAACACAAAUCAUGAUGACAAUGAUGAUGUUACUCAUUAA